UCGGUCCCUACUCGAUUCCGAUAUCCCCACCGACACCCCCCCCCCCCAAGUGAUCGACAUCCCAAACAUAUCACAAGAACAAUGGCAAAGUCUGCACAGGCUGCCAUCCUCCUCGCCACCGCCCUUUGCUUCUUGUCCCUCGCCUCCGUCGCCCACUCCUUCUUCCUUGUUGAGGGCCAGGUCUACUGCGACACAUGCCGCGCCAAGUUCCAAACCAGGGCCAGCGAGCCCAUCAAAGGUUCUAAGGUGCGCCUGGAGUGCAGAGACCGCGAAGGCGGACACCUCACUUACACGGUGGAGGGGGAGACCGACGCGAAAGGAAUGUACCAUCUGGAGGCGGAAGGAAAUCACGAGGAGGAGGUUUGCGAGGUAGUGUUGGUGAAGAGUGGAAGCGAAGAUUGCAAAGAGGAGAACAAGGUAGGAUUCGGAAGACACAGCGCCAGGAUCAGCCUCACCCACAACAACGGCAUCUCAUCGCCGUCGCGCUUGGCCAACCCUCUUUUCUUCAUGAGGAAGGAGGCCCUCCCUGUGUGCCCUGAAGUCUUGAGGGAACUGGGUAUCCUCCCCGCCGAAAUCUUCCACUAACCGUGCAUUCCCCAUUACCACACAUCUUAAUUUCUCAGACCGCGAGCGUGGGGUUAUUAUUUAUUUACUUACCCGAGUCUUAAAUUUCUCAUCCAGUGAAUAAAAACAAGGUGGAUUUUUUGCUCCUUUUCUAAAUUUUUUAAGGGAAAAAAAGAAAAAGAAAAAAGAGUUGAUUUAGGUUGAUUGAUGCGUGUGGGACUAUGUGAGAGGUGGAUAUGGUGGAAGCGAUGGUCUGGCAGGCCUUUCAGGUUACAUAGAUGAUGGAGCACUGUACGUGCCUGAUCGGUUUCAAAUUUCCUAUAUGCACAGUGCGUCUGCUAUAUUAAUAUACAUACUAUAUGUGUAUGUAACUUGUGCUUUCUAAAUAUUAUAAAAGCGCUUUUUACAUGUAA